CAAAAACUCCCCAAAAAGGGCAUCGGCUCGACUCGACUCAGCUUGUUCGUCCAUUGAUUGAUCUGAUAUGAUGAAGAAGAGAUCUCUUUUUAUAGUGGUGUAUUAUUUUGGAGGUCCAGCCUUUGGUAGGGUAUUUGAAAUUAAAUUGGAUGAGUUGGAUCAUCGACAAGGAGGAGGAAAGGAUGAGACUCCAACAUUUAAAUAUGCAGCACAGUUAUAUGAAGGAGGAAAAGAGUUGGGGCAACCUAUUCUAUGGAAAUUUUGUUCCUUGGCUACUGCCACUUCUUGCACUUCUACCAACUUGUGUGUAUUGCCAGAUAGUGGUCCUGAAGACUUUAUGAUGGAUGACCCUUUGAACGGAUAUAUCCUCAACAUCAGUACUAGAAAGGUGCACAAAAUGAAGCCCCCCAAUGCUCCCAAGCUCUUUGGACAUGUUCUAUCUUUAAGUGGCAAUAUUUAUUUUAUUGCCGAUCCAUACUGGAUAAGGGACGCACCAGACCCCUCUUUUGAGCGAUACGAUCCUAUCAAAGGCUCUUGGGAAAGUUUGACACCUUUUCCCUUUAUUAAGGAAAUGAGUUGUGAUGCUGAGAUGGUGGGUUAUGCUGUUUUUGAUGAUUUCAUUUUGUUCAGCAUUAGUGGCCCUACCUAUUCUCGUCAGCUAUGGGCUUAUGAUGUAAGUAGAAACAAAUGGUACUUAGUCAACGUCGACAACUUUGAUUGCUGUGGUUUUCGAGGACUGGCUGUGGUUCUGGAAAAGAGUGUUUAUGCCUUAUCAAGCACGUUGAGUCGCUCAGUUUUGGCCUUAUCUAUUACAAGAGAGCAAAUUGAUGGACGAGAUCCUGUAUUUACCUGUUCUCUACAGUCGGUGUUUACAUUGCCGUACACGGAGGUACUUCAAUUGCAUGGAGACCGGGGAAGAGACCAUUUGGUUCAUUUGGGUAACCAUGAGUUUUGUCUUGUCCAGAGUGGUGUCUGCUAUGGUUAUGUUGCUUAUCAACCUAUAAGACUCAGCAUUUUUCAGCUUCUGGGAAAAAACUCUGUGAAUAUAACAUAUACAAUUGACUAUGAGGUGCCUCUUCAGGAUUUUGAGCCAUUUCAUGUCAGACUCUGCUUCUCCCCUCCUGGUUGUGAGGAUAUUGUGUCAGAACGAGAAGACAAUUCUGAUAUUAACUUCAUCUUCGACCCGGCAUCUGAAGUUGUCAAACCAGCCCCAGAAGAAGAGUUUGCGACGCUGUCUAAAGAAGAAAAAAUAGUUGAUACCAGUUCCUUCAAGCACUCAGCUUUGCUUAAUAUCAUGCCCAAAUACCCCCCUCCCCGCAACAUUGAGUUCAAUUGCAAGCCGAUAGCCGUGCAAGAAGGAGAGUUAGAUAUUUCUACCCCUGCCCUAUUUGUCGCCGAGGACUUUGUGGAGUAUUAUUACGAUGAUCCAGACGCAGAAUUAAGUUACAAGUUUUAUCGAGAUUCUCGUGCUUCCUGCUGUAUCAAUGGCAAUAUGACAACAGUGGAUGCAAUUGAAUCCUUAAAGGAUGAAUGCCAUAGAUGGGUAAUAGAGAGUGUAGAUGCUCAGGAAUCUUCUCAGAAAGGGUUGACUGUAUUAGUAACCGGAUACGUGGUUGGAAACGACAACGUUCGAAGGAAAUUUGCCCAAACAUUCUUCCUAGCUUCAAAGGAAAAUGGGUACUUCAUCUUACAUGAUAUGUUUAGGUUUAUUAAGGACAAUGAAUCAUUACAAACAAACAUCACUGAUGAACAAGGUCACUCCAUACAUGUAAGCAAUUUGCCGUAUGAUGCCACUGUUGAACAACUUGAGAAGGAAUUCAAGAAAUUUGGGUCUAUUAAGCGGGACGGGAUCUAAGUCAGAAGAAAUGAUAAGCAUGGAUACAGUUUUGGCUUUGUUGAAUUUGAAAGUGUGACUUCCGUGCAACAUGCAAUUGAGGCUUCAACUAUCACAAUCGGGGAUUGUAAAGCAGUGAUUGAGAAAAAGAGAACCCCCACCUGAGGUAACCCGAUGAGCUUUUUCUGUUUAUGGGCAAGCAGAUUAGCUUGCAAGCUAGUGGAGGAGAAUUCUCUAGCUCCAGUUAUUUUUGAAUCAGACUGCCUGCAGUUGGUUCAAGCUAUCCAAACGGAUGGAGAUGAUACCUCGCAGUUGGGUAGAAUUGUUGAUGACAUUUCUUUGUCUAUUUCUUAUUUAGCUGGUUCUUUUUUCUCUCAUGUUUAUAGAGAAUCAAAUAUGCUAGCUCACAAGCUAGCUAAGUAUGCUUUGGCUUCAGGAUUGCAGAUUUCUUGGAGUGGGCAUGUCCCUCCUGGACUUAGCAAUUUAUUUUGUAACAAUUAGUACUUCUCAAUGAAAUAUGACGUCCUCUCUUUCAAAAAAAAAAAAAAAAAGUAAAAAGUUAUCUGCAGUCUCUUCUCAAUAAAGCUAACAAAGCUGAUGGUUGUUUUAGUUGGCAAUAGGCCGGGAGAAGAGGGUGGUAGCUGUAGCUUUGGUAAGAUUAAAUUCAGGAACCAUGGUGAGCUUUCUCGAUCCAAGUCUUCCGGUGGACACAAUGGAGAGGCUUAUAUAUCAGCGCCCAAGGGGCACCAAAUAACCGCACUUAUGUUCCUACUUGAAUAUCUUGACAAAUAUUGGCGGAGGAUUUCUUUAACACAACCGGAGGGGGUUGCUUCUUCACUUGCCUUUUGUUGUUGUAUAAAAAGCAGUGGUA